UCCAUACCGAAACGUCCCUGCAGUGUAGGCAACACACUCAUUUUUGCACAACACAAGUCCGCCUUUUUUUCUUCCUCUCUCUCUCUCUCUCUCUCUCUAGGGUUAUGGUUUCUUAACAGCGUUAUAUUUGAACCCUUGAGAGAUCAAAUAAUGGUGCAGCAAAUCUCCUUUUUGUGUGAAAAGCUCUUUAAUUCAAUCCGUCUUCACUCCUUCAGCUCAACUAUGGCUUGAUUCUGCUCUUCUCUCGGUGGCGUUCCUGGUAUGGAAAUGUAUAAUGUUCCUGAACAAGGACAUGCAGAUGCUUAUAUGAUUCAAGGAACGGAGCCAAUGCAGAUCACCAGUCCGCUGCUUCAAAACUUUGAAACUAUGUACAAUGAAGAACUGCCCGAGUUUGUUGUUGAUCAGGGAUUAUAUUAUCCUACUACCACCAAUUAUGGCUACCUCUGUACAGGAUUUGAAUCGCCCAGCGAUUGGGAUGACCACCAAAGAAUUUUUGGUCUGGAUGGUCAAGAUAUUCAGUAUAUGGGUGCACCAAAUGAAAAUCUCCCAUAUAUGUAUUAUACACCUAACUAUGGAUAUGCAGAGUCUCUGUUCAACCCGUACAACCCUUACAUCCCUGGUGCUGUAGCAGGGGUUGAUGGCUCAUAUUUAGGAGCACAACAGUACUAUGCUAUCCCAUCAUAUGAAAGCAAUGUGUCUUCUCCUUCGUACUUCCCCGUGGUGCUACUGAAUACAUCUGACGUUAUGGCGAACAGAGCAGCAUCUCCAACCUUCACCCCAGCUCCAUUUAAGCCGGCUUCAGGUCAUAAUAGUUUUAACAGAGGAUCUGGAAUUGCAAAAUCUAAUGGUAGAUCAGGCAAGCAGCCUAUGAUGCAUGGAAAUGUUGCUUCUGAUAGGUUCUCCAUUCAAUCCUCGGAAGUACAUGCUGGUAAACUUUCUCAAGCUACAGGAUGUGUUAUGCAUGGGAAGGUUUUGUCUAAUCAUGUUCAACUGAGAGCUACUGUUCCUUCGAGUGGUUCGUUUAAUCUUGGAUCUGAUGCUCAUGAGCGGGCUAGUGCAGGAAAAGGUGGAUCCAAGUUUCUGUAUGGGACAGUGCCAAAUGAUGUGAAAGUUAGAUCUGAUUCAUUGAACGAACAGAAUCGAGGACCUAGGACCAAUACAUCAGAAAAUCAGUUGGUUGUUAAGGCCUACACAACAAGAGCAGGGAAUGUUAAUGCACAAGGGAAUAUUGUUAUUCAUGCUGAUGAGUACAAUAGAGAUGAUUUUGUGCUGGAUCUUCUGAAUGCUAAGUUCUUUGUUAUUAAAUCAUAUAGCGAGGAUGAUGUGCAUAAGAGUAUG